UAUAAAUCUCGUACUCGAAGCUCGUCAAUACGGUUCUCAGAUUUUCAAGAAUGACGCUUGUUAUGGAAGAACCAUCAUGUAGUUCUGCAGUAGAAGCCAUUGACUUAAUUUCAGCAGUGAAGGGGUUGCAUGGGCUUAGCUCCUUGGAACUUCAUAAGUUAUUGAGGGACUCCGAAAACUUCACUAUUCACUACCUUAAUAAAAAAAGGGUCAUCAAUUAAGAUUGAUAUGGAGAAGCUUGCAGGAUUUCUUCCCUUACACCUUAUGGCAGUGCUUAUGUCAUAUGACAAAGAUGAAACCCUGUUCAGAUACUUGUUAUCCGGCAUUCAUCUCUUACAUUCAUUGUGUGAUUUAGCACCUCGACACGCUAAACUUGAGCAGAUUUUGCUAGAUGAUGUCGAGGUGACAAAGCAGCUGCUUGACCUGGUGUUUUAUUUGCUAAUUGUUCUUGGUGGUUAUAAACAGGAAACCCAUAAUGACUCCAUGCCCCUUAUGCAUUCAGCAAUGGUGGCAUGCAGUCUAUAUCUAUUAACAGGAUGUAUAUGUUCACAAUGGCCAGAUCUUGCUCAUGUAUUGCUUGCACACCCUAAGGUUGACGUAUUUAUGGAUGCUGCUUUCGGAGCAGUUCUUGUAGCCAUUAGGUUUUCUUUACAGUUUCCUCAAUCAUUGUGCCAACAAAAAAUGUUUCUGGUGCGCCUACUCAGGAAUAAGGAACUAUGUGAAGAGGGUGGUGUUCUGUUUUUGGCGUGAGCCAUCUUGAAGCUAAAUGUCACACCACCUUUUGUAGAAUCCUCCAGAGUUGUGGCUGCUGUAUCUAGGCUGAAAGCUAAAGUCCUAUCAAUUCUGUUGAGUCUGUGUGAAUCAGAAAGCCUCUCUAACCUGGAUGACGUUGCUAGUUCACCAGGGAGCCUGGAUUUGGCAAAAUCUGUAGCUUUAGAGGUAAGUUCCUGUAUAAUUCUGAGAGUGGGCUAUCCUUCUCAAUGGACCAUUAGAACUUCCUGUACAGCAGCUUGGUGGCUUGCUCUGAAUUGGCUCACCAACGGACCCAACCUUUUUUUAUGUUUUUGGCUGGAGGAUCUAACAUGAUUAUCAUUUUCACUUCAUUGUCUUUACCUGUGGUCCUCUUUUCAUAAUUAUUUCUGGUUAUGGGACAUUUCGUGAGGUUGGUUUUUUGAGUGUGUACCAAAAGAGAUGGUAAUUUAAGCAGAGAUCAACUUUUCUGUCCUCA